AUGAUUGAGGAUGAGACUGAGGAAGAUCAUGGGGGAACACAUGACGUUGGACCUGAAGUGGAACAGGAUGAAUAUGUGAUAAUUGAUUUUGAAUAUGAAGAGUCUGACCAGGAGUUAGACAAAGAGAAGGGCAUAGAGGAGGCACGUAGUGAACCCCACCAGUUGAAAGCCCCAUCAGAUUCCCGCACGGUUCAAAGGGUUGAUAAAAACUAUCUACACUCUCUCGAGGAGGAAAUUAUCAGCCUUAAGCUUCAACUUAUUACAGCCAAGGAAAGGGAUGUAUGA